CCGCAACAGCAGCAUUGUGAAUAUGUGGCACAUUGCAUUGGCAGCGAGAAAGCCCUACAGAACUGCGUCCAAACCCAAAUUGCGAAACAUUCCAAGGUUCCCAUACAAGAGCCUCACGGUGCACCUGCGUUGAUCGAGCUCAGCGCAUCCCUGGCAGCCAGUCCGCGCCUCUUUUGUGCGCCGCAUUGAACGCCGAGUGCUGAACAGCCAUCCAGCACUUCACUGAAUCUUAGACUACGCAACUCUUUCGAGCUCUUGCUACACAAACAUUGGUGCCGGCAUUAUGGUGGUCGCAAGCGCAGUGCCCGAACUAUUCGAGGAUGACGCACAUUCCGUGGUCGACAUUCGAACCGACGGCCUCCAAUCGCUACGAGAACUCGGUCCUCCCGACCUGGUGCAUCUUGUCAAACAGCCUGCCAAAUCAUCCUCGUCCAAGCAGAUAGGCGUCUAUCAUCACACCACGGGUAUCGAUGCUUCGUCGUCGGCCAGUCUAGCAGCCUACAUUAACACCCUCACGUAUGCGCCGAGCAAUACGCCCCAUAAGGUCACAUCGGGGCUCUAUUGCUGUUACAAUGCAUUUUCUCGUGUGGAUAUGCGCGUGCAGGUCCAGAUCCCUGGUACUGUAGAGAGCUACUGCGUGGAUGAGCGAGGCAAUAAGCUGGAGGCGACUGAAGAGCAUUGGAUAGAAACAUACCUCUGCAGUGUGCUUCGUGCAUAUUCGUACGCCGACACAGGCUCGGGUGAUUCGAUAAAACGCAUCAUCGGCGUGCGGAGAUUCAAUCCUAUCACGACUACGGAUCAAGAGCACCGAUUCCUCGAUGUUGCGGAGAAGUUGUUCUUCAGUGGCUGGCAAUUGGGAUCAGAUCCCGAAAUCCAGGUCCCUAACAUUGUGUCCAAUCAUCUCACCUCGGGGCUGCUGCAUUACAUUCGGACCACUGGAAGAUAUGCGUCUGGCAUCAAUCUUUUCGAGAAGCUGCGAUCGCGCGACCCAGAAGUCACCUCAUUACUGGCACGUGUGUAUCUUGAUGCCGACGAAGAGGUUAAGGCAGUACAAUUGCUCCGCGAAGCCAUCGAGGAGCUUCCGAUGGACUAUUCUCUGCUUGAUUGCCAGGCCGAAUUUUGCAAUCGCAAAGGACGUAGCGAUUUGGCUUUAGAAAUCGCCAAGCGUGGAGUUGUGGCAGCGCCCAGCGAAUUUUGUACAUGGGCUCGGCUAGCGGAGAUCUAUGUCGCCUUGGAGCAGUGGGAUCUGGCCCUUCUGACGUUGAAUUCGUGUCCGAUGUUCACGUAUCAGGACAAGGACGCUCCUCGACUUCCUGAACCGGCUCGCAUCUCGCUUCCCUUGUCGCCCGAGACGAUGUGUGAUGAGAUUGAUGACGCUGGCCCGACACCAGAGGGUGACAUGGUCCACCCGACACUUCGACGUCUGGCUGCCGGCAACUAUAAGGGCACUUUCCACAAGGCAUACGUUUUGCUGACAGAAAUCACAAAGAAGAUCGGCUGGGACCAGCUUCUGAAAAUUCGGAGUCAGGUCUUUGUGAUGGAGGAGGAAUAUCGCAACGAGAAGCAAAUUGGCGGACCUGCCGCGUCGAGCAAGAACGCCAGCACCAGCGCUCUUCGUGGAAGUGAUACGCCGCAAUCCAAUGGCCAUGAUGAAGCCGAGGAAAUUAUCUCACCCAUCACCGCAGAGGCUUCGACAAAAGCUGACGGCGAACCAACAUUGGCCGAUUCGCAUCUCAACUCUGAUUUAUCAAAACCAUCGCAAUCCGUUACGGUUCACUCAGGCACAGAGACACCCCAGCCUCAGCCUCCGCCUGCAGAUCCAGCACAUCAGACAUACACGCAGUUCCAGCACAAGCGCUUGUGUGAGCGAUGGCUAGACAACCUGUUCAUGGUGCUCUACGAGGACUUGCGCAUCUACACGAUCUGGCGCACCGAGGCGACGCAAUAUAAGCAACAGCAACUCGCCUAUAAGAAGACGGCGGAAGAAUGGGAGAUUCUGGGCGAUCUCGCUGAGCGACUGCACCAUCCUGACGAGGCUGUGGAGGCCUGGCAGGCAUGCUUGAGCAUUCGCUUCAGUCCCAAGGCGAUGCGUGGCGUUCUCGGCCUGUAUGAGAGGAACAACGACGGGCGGAACAUGCUAGGAGCAUUGAUUCGUCUGAUCGCGUGGCAAUACCGAUGGUAUUCCGAGUUCUCUCCAGACCUGCUGCAUACCAUCCGUCGCAUCAUCGAGGACGAAGGCGCUGUAAAAGUCCGCAGCAUCGUGCAGGCUACCAGUUUGCCGCAGCAGAUUCUGGACUUUACGCACCAAUACGCUGGCCUCUGCGCCGUGUUCCGAAGUAGCGGCACAGAGGGAUAGUGGCUUGUGGUUUGACGUAUUCGUGUCCUCGCGCGGCGUUCAAGCACAUGGCAUUGACGACCGCAUAGAAGAUAUCGGUGCAUUAUAGUGGAGCAGAAAAUAGACGGAAUGACCCCAACUUGUUACAUCCCACCAAGUGAUGCGCGCCGGUAGCUUCAUCACACGGUGUUGAGGAGUUGACGAGCAACUGUCAUUCCUUUCUAAAACAAACCGCGGCAUGUAUCGUAGGUAAUUCGACUCCUUCAAAAGCAUUGUAUGGUUGUAAAGAAUCAAUCCCCAUGAGCUUCAAGUCACAACAUAGCGGACUGUGUGCAGAUAACCAUCAUUUCUCCA